AUAAGGGAGUAUGUGCAAUUUGCCGAGGAAAGAGAGAAUCCAAUAGUAGUAGAAAACAAAGGAAAAGGAAAAGCAAAGAAAAAUCCUCCAUGGCCAUGCAUUUAUACAGAUUUUAAUGGCGAAUGGCUAUUAGCUUAACCUACGCAUCCAGAGAAACUAUACUCAUACUGCAAUCACUGACCACUGCCUUAAAUGGAUCUCUGUCCUCACUGCUCCUCCUCGUAACUGCCUCUCUCCUCCUUCCCUAUGCCAUUUCCGAUUCCGAUAACCCCUUCCAAUCGGGCCUCGCACCAUCUCCGAUCCGGCCGGAUACCUUUCGAAUCAGAGCAUUCACUGUACUGGCUUCACUCAUUUUGGUGAAUGUAGCUGGUUCUGGUUGGUUGAAGAGAUGAAUCCGUUAUGCUGCAUUGCUCCGGUGUCAAUCGAUCGUGACCAGGCGAAUCCGGUGGAGCCGAAAUCAGGUACUCAGUGUCAGCUGGAGAGUUCUGUUAGGACCGUGAACAGCACCGCCAAACCGAGCUUCUCCUCUCAGGUAUCGUCGGUGAACACUGAUAAUGAUAGAUCCUCGACGUCGGUUCUGAAUCACGCUGCAUUCGAGGAGGCAAUCGGAGAACCGAGAGACUCCAAGGCGUGCUGCGUGGCCGGGAUUUUGUAUAAGUGGGUGAAUUACGGGAGAGGAUGGAGGGCGAGGUGGUUUGUGCUGGAAGACGGUGUUCUUUCGUACUAUAAGAUUCACGGACCUGACAAGAUUUUCAAGAGUCCGGCAAGGGACAAGAGCGUUAGAGUAAUCGGCGAGGAUUCCAUCCAGUACAUGAGGAAGGCCAACUGGAGUAGUCAUCGCCCUGGCAUAGCUAACCAGCAGUGCAAACCGUUCGGUGAAAUCCAUUUGAAGGUGUCUUCAAUUCGUGCAAGCAAGUCUGAUGAUAAAAGGCUUACCAUAUUCACAGGAACGAAAACUCUUCAUUUGCGUUGUCUAUCUAGAGAUGACAGAGCUGCAUGGAUUGAAGCAUUGCUGGCUACUAAAGACCUUUUCCCUAGAGUGCUAUCAAGUAAUGAUUUCCAACCUUCUGAGGAUGUUGUCAUUUCAACUGAGAAGAUCAGGUUACGAUUAUUACAGGAAGGCAUAACUGAGGCAGUCAUCAAAGAUUGUGAGUCUAUUAUGCUCAUGGAACUUUCUCAGAUGCAAAAUCAGCUAAAUGCUCUUCAACAUAAACACCUUAUGUUGUUGGAGACCCUGAGGCAAUUAGAGACUGAGAAAAUAGAUCUGGAAACUACUGUGGUAGAUGAAACAAAGGAACAUGAGUCAUGCUGUGGACAAGGAAGACGUUUUAGUGAUUUCUACUCUGUCAUGUCGGAAGGCAGUGGAACUGAUUCUUUUGCAGAUAAUGAAAGUCAAGAUGGCAUGGAUGUUGAAACAGAUGAAGAUGAUGGUAUAUUUUUUGAUACAAAUGACUUUCUGUCUGCAGAAGCUCUGAGAAGUGCUUCCUAUCGGAGUAGGGAAGCUGGAAAUGGCAGCAUAUAUGAUAAAGAUUCUUUCUUCUCUGAUCGUUUGCAUGGGAUUGAUAAAGAAAUCCAAAUUAUACAAUAUCCUUUUGUAAAAAGGAGGGAUAAUUUGCCAGAACCAAAGGAGAAAGAGAAGCCAGUUGGCUUAUGGUCAAUUAUUAAGGACAAUAUUGGCAAAGAUUUGUCUGGAGUUUGUCUCCCUGUCUAUUUUAAUGAGCCACUCUCUUCACUCCAGAAAUGCUUCGAGGAUUUGGAGUACUCAUACUUGGUUGAUCAUGCCUCAGAAUGGGGAAAGCAGGGAAAUGACUUGAUGAGAAUUCUAAAUGUCACAGCUUUUGCGGUAUCUGGCUAUGCAUCAACAGAAGGUCGACAGUGCAAACCCUUCAAUCCUCUUCUUGGGGAGACAUACGAGGCUGACUAUCCAGAUAAAGGACUUCGUUUUUUCUCUGAAAAGGUUAGUCACCACCCAAUGAUUGUUGCUUGUCAUUGUGAGGGAAGAGGAUGGAAAUUCUGGGGGGACUCCAAUCUUAAAGGCAAGUUUUGGGGACGGUCUAUUCAACUUGAUCCAGUUGGUAUCCUAACCUUGCAGUUUGAGGAUGGAGAAACGUUUCAGUGGAGCAAAGUCACUACUUCUAUAUACAAUAUUAUUCUUGGCAAAAUUUACUGCGAUCACUAUGGUACCAUGCGCAUCAGGGGCAGUGGCAAUUACUCUUGCAAGCUCAAGUUCAAGGAGCAGUCUAUUAUAGACCGAAAUCCCCAUCAGGUUCAUGGAUUUGUACAUGACAAUAAGACUGGAGAAAAGGUAGCAAUGUUGGUGGGCAAGUGGGAUGAAGCCAUGUACUAUGUGUUGGGAGAUCCAACUACAAAGCCAAAAGGAUAUGAUCCAAUGACAGAAGCUGUUUUGCUGUGGGAAAGAGACAAAUCUGUUACCAAGACAAGAUACAAUCUUACCCCAUUCGCCAUAUCUUUAAAUGAAUUGACUCCUGGCUUAUUGGAGAAGUUGCCUCCUACUGACUCAAGAUUGAGGCCAGAUCAGAGAUAUUUGGAAAAUGGGGAAUAUGAGUUGGCAAAUGCUGAGAAGCUGAGAUUAGAACAGUUACAGAGACAGGCAAGGAAGUUACAGGAGAAAGGAUGGCAGCCAAGAUGGUUCUGUGUGGAUGAGGAUGGUUGUUAUCGUUAUGUUGGUGGAUACUGGGAAGUGAGAGAAAAAGGCACUUGGGAUGGAAUACCUGACAUCUUUGGCCAGAGUAGUGAUUCAACUUCUAUUUUGGAAGAAGAGUAAACUGCCUUUUGGCUCAGCUUGCUUGGUAUAUUUUCAUAUGAUCAUUUUUAUUUCAGUCUUUCUUUUCCUAUGUCUUCAAUAUUUUCACUGGGACUCCUGAAAUUAGGUGUAGCUUAAGUUAUCAAAAGGGACUAAUUUGGGUUGCAAUUCAGAUUUUGUUCUAACAAGGUACCUGUCAUCAGAUGCACUCGUUCCACAACAUCGGUGCAUGAAAUCUCCGGCAGGCCUUCAACAUUUUCUUUGGUAAGUUUAAUUAAAGGCAAAGAGAGUACCUAUAUAUUGUAUCCUUCCCGUUCCAUAUGGCUCUCUCCUACCCCUUUGCUUUGAGAGCUGAGGUGAGGCUGAGGUGAAUACUGUUUUGAUGUGGUGUUUUCCUCCUAAUGGUAUAAUGUUUCUGGGUUUCUUUUACACCUCCAUUGUAAAUUACCAGUUUUACGAUGUCAUUGAAGAAGCGGAUGUACCGAAUUGAAUAGAUUUUAAGGCCCGGUGGUCACUUAAUAUAGCAGAUGAAUGAAA